AAGACUUGAAAGUGGGGGAGAGGCCGAGGCUGCAGGGAGGGAAACUCCCUCCUGGUCAGGAUCAACUGUUGAACACUGUGAGCUUCAUACACGGGACACACACUCUCGCUGCUGUUCCUCCUCAGCCGAGUGUGUGUGUGUGUGUGUGUGUGUGUGUGUGAGUGAGUGAGUAAGUGUGCACACGAGCUGCCGACAGAUUUUUUUAAGACCGCAGGACGAAAACCUGUGGCCUCUCCGGAGGACGACACUCAGGAAACAAUUUCCUGGAGUUAUCGUUUUUGUAAAUUGGAUUAAGGAAGACAUCUGUAGACCCGGGGACGUGUGGGCGGUGGAGCCGUCCCGCCGGCAUGAAUAAGUUCUCAAGGACGAGGGGAUGAAAAGCUUCCAGCAGUGAUUGUGGUUCUCGUGACGUCUCUGGACGGACGCUGACUCGCUGCAGGUGUGAACCACUUCUAUUUCCCAGUGAGGUCGAAGGAAAACUUGAUGACACGCUUGUCACGUUUCAGCCCAAAACCUCCGCAGCACCUGCUCAUCACUGGAACCUCCUUCCAUCCAAGUGUGGACCGGUCUUCAGUCGGGGCUUUGUUUGUCCACAUUCAUAACACGGCUAAACGUAUAAUUAUGCCCCCGCUCUGAUCAUCUCGGCUUCUUCUGCUGCACAACUUGUCAGAGGUGCAGGAGAUCAGAGGGUGAGGAGGAGGCCUGGAGAAGGAAAGAGGGCGAGAGGGAAGCAGCGAGGGGAGGGAAAGAUAAACAGGCAGUUGAAGGCUGUAAACACUCUCCUCUAAACACAUCGGGCUCAAAUCAACACUGGACCUGGGUCUGUCUGUGGCGACUCUGAAGAAGUCCGGGGGACGAACCGGACCAGGUGGGGGACACCGAGGGUCCGAGCCUGGAGGAAAUCCAACCUGAGUCUAAAAACCCUCCGAGGAGAAAGAAAACCACAGCAAACCGCAGCCAUGUCCUCAGACGUCUCCUACAGUUUCCCCUGUCGCUGCACCAAGACGAAGCACUCGAGCCACAGCGGCCGCCUCCUCCUCCAGCAGCCGUGGACCGGGUCCACCGCCGGCCCCCGCCGACCUCUCCUCCAGCGCCGGACCCUGCUCCUGCUGCCCCUGCUCCUCCUGCUCCUCCUCUCCCUGUGGAGCCAGCAGGCCGAGGCCGUGGUCCACUCCAGCUUCCGGCGGCUCAGCGGCCGCGAGAAGAAGGAGAUGCAGAAGGAGAUCCUGUCCAUCCUGGGGCUGCCGGGGCGACCCAGACCCCACCCGCCGCUGCGCCCGCCCUCCUCGGCGCCGCUCUUCAUGCUGGACCUCUACCACGCCAUGUCGGCGGACGGGGAGGACGACGGGAACGAGAUCCUCGUGAACGGACCCGGCAUGGGGAGGUUCGGGGGGGCGGAGCGCUUGGCCCAGGUCAACCUGGCGGCCCUGCCGACCAUCAGCACUCACACUCCGCCGCUGGGCACGGUGGUCAGCGAGGCCGACACCGUGAUGAGCUUCGUCAACCUGGUGGAGCAGGAGCGCGACCUCCUGCAGCCGCGUCCGUACUGGAAGGAGUUCCGCUUCGACCUGACGCCGCUGCCUCAGGGCGAGACGGUGACGGCGGCAGAGUUCCGUAUCUACAAGACCCUGACGAUGGGUCAGAGGGCGAACCGAACCCUGCACAUCUCCGUCUACGAGAUCCAGCGAGAGAACAGACUCAGAGAGCCGGAGCUGGUGCUGCUGGACAUGCAGUCGGUGCCCGCGGGGCAGGAGGGCUGGUUGGCCUUCGACGUCACCACAGCCUCCAACCACUGGCUGCUCCACCCGCGCAGCAACCUGGGCAUCCGCCUCUAUGUGGAGACUGAGGAGGACCGCUCCCUGUCCGCAGGCUGGAUUGGGUUGGUGGGUCGCAGGGGCCCUCGCUCCAAGCAGCCCUUCAUGGUGACGUUCUUCAGGGAGAGCCAGGUCCCGUGUCGACCGCCCCGAGCCGUCAAGCCACACCCCCGCAGGAAGAAACCCAAAUACGACCUGCCGGUCCCCAGCAUCCACAAUCGGAGUCCUGCCAACAACGGAGGUCAGCCGUGUAAGAAACACGAGCUCUACGUCAGCUUCAGUGACCUCGGCUGGAAGGACUGGGUUCUGGCUCCGCCUGGAUAUUCAGCCUACUACUGUGACGGAGAGUGUUUCUAUCCUCUGGGCUCCUGCAUGAACGCCACCAACCACGCCCUCAUCCAGCAGGUGGUUCACCUUCUGAAGCCCAACGAGGUUCCCAAGGCGUGUUGCGCUCCCACCAAGCUCAGCCCGAUCUCCGUCCUCUUCUACGACGACAACAACAACGUCAUCCUCAAGAAACAUCGGAACAUGGUGGUGAAGACGUGCGGAUGUCUAUGAUGACAAACUGUGCAGGGAGCGGUUUUAUUUUUUCACCCCCCAAGACAUGAACUUAGUUCAAGUUCACAGAUUCCAAAUCAGUAUUUUUACCUUUUUUUUUUUACACCAAGGACUUUUUCUUCCUACGUACAAUCGGUUUUAAUUAAAGAGCACAAAAUUUUCAGUUCUUCAGCAAAACUCAGGAUGUUUUUUGUUCCCGUCUUAUCUGGAACAACCACAGACGGGUAUGAAAUAUGAAAUGGGCAAAUGAUAUUGGAUGGCGACAGAACUCGCCAUUAGUGAUGCCUGGUUUGUUGUUUUUACAAGAAAGAAUUGACGUCACUACUGUUGUUGCAACAAAUUUAUAUGACGAGCUAAUUAAAUUGUAUUGGAUUAAUAAAAAUAAAUAUUAACGUUAUCGUGA